AUGCACCUAGGUCUUCAUCGCGAUCCGAGCCACAUUGGGAAGAUGUCGGUAUUCCAUGCUGAGAUGCGCCGUCGCCUGUGGGCCACGAUAAUGGAAAUGACGGUACAGAGUAGCCUGGACAUGGGUAUGCCGCCGAUGAUAUCGCCAGACGAUUACGACACGCUUCCGCCCAGCAAUGUCAACGAUGAGGAACUCACGGAGGCCGACACUGUUCCUCUGCAACCUAAACCUCUAAAGGAAUAUACACAGUGCUCGAUGCAGAUUGCGUUCUACGAAACUUUGCCGCUCCGGCUAGAGAUCUGUCGCUUGAUCAACUCACUUCACUUCUCACUGUCGUAUGAUGAGGCGAUCAGACUCGGAGCGGACAUGCUUGCCGCAUGUCGCGAGAAGUUGACAUUCGUGCAGUCGUUCUUGGGCUCUUCCACCCCACAUUCGCCGAAUAUCUUCCAAGUAAAGCUCUUCGAUACGUUUAUGCGACGAUUCUUUCUAUGUCUGCACCGCCCGUUCUACACCCGCUCAGCCCACGAUCCCCGAUUCUACUACUCCCGCAAAGUAUGCCUGGACGCAUCCAUCAUGAUCGCCAGGCCAACAGCGAAUCCCACCGAAGGCGAAGAAGAAGAUGACUGGAACCGGUUGACAUAUCGAUGCGUCGGCUUUGUCAAGUCAUUCAUCCUCCACAGCAUGUCCACGAUCUACUUUGAACUCACGUCGCGACUGGAGGACGAGCAGGAUACGUUGCUUACGGUGCCCAUCACUAUCUCACCGUCGUCUUCGCGCCCGUACGUCCCUUUAGAAUUACAACCUUACUACAAUGCUUUAGUCUUCGCGCGCUUUGCCACCGAAAAGCGUCUCUGCAACGGGGAUGUCAAUGCGAAAGGCUACAUCUGGUUCUGUGCCGCAGUCGCUCGAGUCGACGCUCUUCUCUCCCGCACUGAUCCCGGUGCCGCCGUCCUUUCCGCUUCGAAAAAGGCUGUAAGCGAUACCGCCGUCUUCAUGCGGGAGGCGUAUUUUGCGGAGCAGGGGAAACAUAUUGAUCUCUCGCAACCGUAUCCAUAUGCAGGGAAGGAUCACGGAAGAGGCGAUGGUGUGGACGAUGUUACAGGCACGCCGCGCGAUUUAGAGGAGCAAAGUCGGCUUGGUGAUAGUUUUGACGGCGUUGAAGGGGACCUUGGUCAAGACAUGGACUGGGAGAGAUUGAUGCGGGAUGAGAGUCUGGAUAUCGGGUGGGGAGACGUGGGUGAUCCGCAAGGCUGGUUCGGCAUCUCCGCUGACUUCACACUAGGCUGGGGCUGGGACGCGCCGAUGUAG